AUGUCUAGUAGGGAGCAGGGGUAUCAUUUCACACUAUUAAAGUGUGUGCUCGAAUUACAUUCAAACUCAUUAAAUAGGGAAAAAAGAAGUGACUUUUAUGGCAAAGGAAUUUUCCACCUUUUUUGCGCCAAUUUUUUCAAACAAAAGGAUGGAAAGGUGGUGAAAAGUCGGGAAGAAGAAGAAGAAGAUCUGAUAGAUAGUAGGAAGAAGAAGAAGAAAGAAGAAGAAGAAGAAGAAGGAGCAGCGGAAAAAAGACCUCUAAGAAAAGAAAAACGGAGGCUCCACCCCUUCGAAACUCCGCCCACUUUUUUCUUCUUCUCCGGCGUCUUCUUCUUCAGCGACUCAUUUCUGGAGAAGAAAAAGAAGAAGAAGAAGAAGAAGAAGGGUAGGGCGCCUAUUAUUAUGAGCAAACAUGCUGUAUGCUCCAGAGGAAAGAAGAAGAAGGCGUCGGCUUCUUCUUCUUCACUCCCCAACACCUUCUGGAGCAACACAGGAAACCAAUUUCGGAGUGAAGAAGAAGAAGAAGAUGUUGUUGGAAAUGUCUUAGUGUAUGGUUACAGUAGGCGUGCUCCUUUAAAUUUAGAGCCUAAGACUUUUAAGGCGCAUAGAGGGGGGGGGGGAGGUCCAAAAUCAAAUUUAAAGAAAAUCAAGAAUCAUACAUUUAAAUGUAUUGUUUUGAGAGCUUUAAAGGUGGGGGGACAUGAAAAAGAUAAUGUUCUCGAAAUUCCGUUCAAAGAUGCCUCUCGAGGAGUUGAACUUGUGAGGGCGAUGAUUGAGGGUGCGGCGCCGCUACCGACUGAGCCACGCGGGCAAAGAGAAAGCGCGCGCCCGAUUGCAUACAUAAAGGCGAGGACGACAGCUGUACGCAGAGUGACAUUAAGCGUUGUACACCGUGACGCACGUCGUCUACUUUUUUCUCCUUCGUUUUUUCAUUUUAUUUUAUUUCAUGACACUGAAAAAAAAAGAAAUAUCAGCUGCCCUGUUUGCUCGUUCGGUUUUCGAUUCUAUUCGAAUUUUUCCAUCAUUAAAGUUUUUUCGGAAGAUUUGAAUUUCCAGAAAAAAAUUGAUUCUGAAAUUCUGAAGUUUUGA